AUGGAUGUUUCUGCAUACGAUAAUGCAGGAAACUUGAUAACUCCUGGUACAGGUGUUAAAAACACGUAUCUUGGCUUGGAAUCCAUUAUUCAAUCAUUGACCAUCAAAGCAGGGGGUGAAACAGUUGUCAACAUUCCAAACUAUCCUCUUUAUCUAGUACAAACGUACCGCAAUCUAUCCGCCGGUAGUAAGAAAUUGUUGAGCCAACUUUCCGGAUAUGGAAACACCAAUAUCUUUGCAACAUCGAGUACUAUCUCCAUCAACCAUCACCCUUUUGUGGGUUUCUUUCAUCCGACAAAUGACCAGUUCUUCCCUGUUUGGGCGCUUCCUAAUCAGGCCUUAGAGAUCAUCAUCACUUUAGCGGAUCCUUCCACCGUCUUUACAAGUGCUGGUAUUGGCGAAAUCAGAGUCAGUUCCAUUAGAUGUCUCUUGCCUUUCAUCACACCGCCACCGACAACCGUUGUGAACGCGACUCGCGCUAUAUCAGAUGGUAAGUCAAUAUUCUAUGACUAUGUGCGCUCAACCCAAACGGAAAACGCAUGUAGUGGCGGAAACCGGAAUACAUUUUUGCUUCAUAUGAGUGGUGUAAGGUCACUUCAAGGGAUCGAAAUGUCAUUUGUGGACGAUGAUGUUCUCAAUGACCAGACGAAAGAUAAGGCGCUAAUGUAUUCUUCACAAGGGCUUCGCGAGUGGCGAAUUCAACUGGGGGCAAAUCUUACCAUUCCAAGUGGAACGCAAGGGUUUACUCACAGCCCAAGUGACAAUCAAACGUUACUGGUCACACAGUUAUCAAAUAACACCUUUGACCAACUGGGGGAGAUAGAUCUGUCGUUCGCCGACUAUGAUUCAAAAGCCUUUUCCUUUGGGUGGAGUUUUGCUUCGAAGGAUGAAGGCUCGGCGAAUGCUUUGAGUUUUACAGGUACUGAUGGCAUUCUUCGUGUGCAUACAACUCAUGCAACGGCACCUACGCAAAAGGUGCGCAUGGUCUCAACCUACCACGAGAAUGUCACACUUUCCAUUGGUGCUGUUGUGACUGUGGUUUGA